AUAAAGUCACAUCAACCUUCUGGUUCACCCAAAAAUAUGAUGUGGAGAAUUAUGUAAAUCUGAGAGAUGAACCAGUCUUCAAAGGUCGUGUGACGUACCAUAGCGAUAGGAUGAAUGGCCACACCCUGAGAAUCACAGACCUGAGAAAGAAGGACUCAGCUGAGUACAAGUUCAGAUUUAUAACAGAUCAGCCAGGAGGGAAAUAUUCUGGCUAUCCUGGAGUCACUCUGUCUGUUACAGACCUGCAGGUGAAGGUGACCACUACAUGGUGGUCAACGACACUGACCUGUAACACCACCUGUACUCUGACUGGUAACCCCACCUACAUCUGGUACAGGAACAGUAAGAUUGUACAAGAGAACUCCUCCCCCUCAUACUCAGUCUACUUUAAAACUGAAGACAGAUUCUACUGUGCUGUAAAAGGCAUCAAUUCUCCUGCAGUGUCUGUUGAGGGUCACAGUUAUUUCCACGUGACUUACACCAAUCAGAGUGUCUGUACCUUGAAGGGGUCAUCAGUGGACAUAUCCUGCUCUUAUACAUUUCCCAGUGGUCAUACAGUCUCUGAAACAAAAUGGUAUACAAAAGGAAAACUUGACGAGGCGCCUCGAAUCCUGAACCCGGGGUAUGGAGGUCGUGUGGAGUACCUUGGAAAUAUGCAGAGUGACUCCAUCCUGAGAAUCACAGACCUGAGAGAGGAGGAUUCAGCUGAGUAUACGUUUAGAUUCAGAACAGAUCAGACAACCUGGGAGCACACCUUCUCUGGAACAACUCUGACUGUCACAGUUCUGCAGGUGAAGGUGACUCCUGCCACUGUGUCAGAGGGACAGAAGGUGACACUGACCUGUAGCACCACCUGUACUCUGACUGACAACCCCAACCCCACCUACAUCUGGUACAAGAAUGGACAUGUAACCAACCAAUCUAACAGUCUGUUCCUAAACCCAGUCAGCAGUGAGGAUGCAGGCAGAUACUCCUGUGCUGUAGAAGGCCAUAAGGAUCUCCACUCUGCUGAAGAGACUCUCACUGUCAGAUGUGAGUAUGUGUGA